GGCAAAUGAAUUCAUAAAAAGCUGAACCAACUCCAGUAAUGUCUGCUUUUCUCUUAUUCUCCAUUAAUUUCUGAAGCACGUUAAGGGAGAAGCCGCUUCUCUGCAUCCUCCAUUUUCAACAUUGUUGCUUCGCAGUCCACAAUCUUCAGUAAAUUUCAAUGGCUGCAACAGCAACAGCUUCAGCUAUACCAGGCCCACGAUACGCCCCAGAAGAUCCAUCAUUGCCUAAACCGUGGAGAGGUUUGGUGGAUGGAAAAACUGGGUAUUUGUACUUUUGGAACCCAGAGACUAAUGUCACACAGUAUGAGAGGCCAGCUUCAUCUUCACAUUCACAUGCUAGCUCCAUAUCAUCAAGACCUUCUUCCAGUUACGUAAGCUCUUCCGCUCAACUGCAGCAGUCCUUUAAUGUUCCUAAGGAUAGCGAUGGCGAUGAUAGCAGAGGUAGCAAUGGAAACAGGAGUCAACAGAGUGCCAGAUGUGGAAAUCCUCCAAGUGAAGCUUUGGGAUCCACUCGAGAGGAUGGACCUGUUGAUGCUGGGUCUACUUUAUCGCCUGAAGCUUAUCGUCGUCGGCAUGAGAUAUCUGUUUCUGGAAGUAGUGUGCCUUCACCAUUCACAACUUUCGAAGCUACUGGUUUCCCUUCUGAAAUCCUGAAGGAGGCACAACAGGCUGGCUUUUCCGCUCCUACACCUAUUCAGGCGCAAUCAUGGCCUAUUGCAAUGCAAGGUCGAGAUAUUGUGGCCAUUGCUAAGACAGGUUCUGGAAAGACCUUGGGUUAUUUACUUCCGGGUUUUAUGCAUCUCAAGAGGUGCCAAAACAAUUCACGUAUGGGUCCAACCGUACUGGUAUUGUCACCAACAAGAGAAUUAGCAACACAAAUUCAAGAUGAGGCUGUGAAAUUCGGAAGGUCUUCUAGAAUAUCGUGCACGUGUUUGUAUGGAGGAGCGCCCAAAGGACCACAGCUGAAGGAGCUGGAUAGAGGAGCAGAUAUUGUGGUAGCUACUCCUGGUCGUUUGAAUGAUAUACUAGAAUCAAGGAGAGUGAGCUUAAAUCAGGUCUCCUACUUGGUGCUUGACGAGGCAGAUCGUAUGCUGGACAUGGGCUUUGAGCCACAAAUUAGAAAAAUUGUGACGGAGGUACCCACUCGCCGUCAGACUCUGAUGUACACCGCCACCUGGCCUAAAGAGGUGCGAAAGAUUGCAGCAGACUUACUGUCAAAUCCUGUCCAGGUUAAUAUUGGUAAUUCAGAUAUUCUUGUUGCUAACAAGUCCAUCACGCAGCAUGUGGAGGUGCUGCCCUAUAAUGAAAAGCAAAGGCGAUUGGAGCAGAUAUUGAGAUCUCAGGAGCCAGGAUCAAGGAUCAUCAUCUUUUGUGCAACUAAAAAGAUGUGUGAUCAGCUUGCUCGCAACUUGUCACGUCCAUAUGGAGCAACUGCAAUUCACGGUGACAAAUCCCAGGGUGAACGAGACCAUGUACUAAACCAGUUUCGAACUGGAAAAUCUCCGGUGUUGGUAGCGACAGAUGUUGCUGCCCGUGGUCUUGAUGUAAAAGAUGUGAGGGUGGUAGUCAAUUAUGACUUUCCUACGGGAAUUGAAGACUAUGUUCACAGGAUUGGGAGAACUGGAAGAGCAGGUGCGACUGGAGAGGCAUAUACAUUUUUAAACGAUCAGGACAGUAAACAUGCCUCUGAUCUUGUUAAAAUUUUGGAAGGGGCAAAUCAAAAAAUUCCACAGGAGGUCCGAGAUAUGGCUCUUCGAGGUGGUAGUAUGGGCAAGGCUAGACGUUGGGGUCCUAGUCCUGGUGCUCGUGAUGGAGGCCGUGGUGGAAGAAGUGAGUCAAAUUAUGGUGGCAGAGAUGGGGGAAGGAGCCAUGAGAGAUACGAUCGGGGAUAUAAUGAUAGUUACAACGGUGAUACUCGUGGAAAGUACGAUGGUGGUUACCAAUCGAAGAGUUUCGGUGGUGAUGGAAAUAGAGGUGGCAGUCGUAGCCCAAGUCCUAGUGGUCAGAGAGCUUGGGGUGGCAAUCAAGUUAGAGGAAGAAGUAGAAGCCGAAGCCGGAGCCGGAGCCCUGAUAGGUCUAACCAAGGUCCACCUGUGCGAAGCUUUCACCAAAUGAUGAUGGAAAGGCCCCGGUCUUCCCCUUCAAAGCUCCUGGAUAAAUCUUCUGCUGCUGAGUUUGAUAAAAGCCUUUCUGAAUGGGGAAAAUCAUCUGCAAUAACCGAAAAAGAAGUCUAAUUUUUCGGAGAUGAGGUUGAAAAGAAGACGUAAUUCCAGCUGAAUGAUGAUCAACAUAUGCGAAGAUUUUGUAUAGCUGACUUGGUUGGUUACUACAUUUUUUGGGUAAGAUUACGGUAGUACCAUGAAUUUGAUGUAUGCAAGAGACUAACGUAACAUUGUAAGAACUAAGUCAUUGGUACAUAUCGGCAUCGCCUAUGGCGAUGGCACUUUACGUGUAUGACUCGUGGAACUUUAUUUUGUAUCUAGUAAAUGGAUAUUUCUAAUGUUAACUGUACUCUCGCACUCAUGUGUAUCGUAUCAUGCCAAUUUUAGACAUCCAAGACA